CGUGUCUUCCCGGCCUUCUUCUCCGAACGGCCAGACGCCCCCACUUCUCCAAAAAUCCGAGAACACCUCGGGCUCCCGAGCAGGAGAGAGAGCAAUGCAACGGGCCAUCCGGAAAGCCGCGGCUGCGGCAAGGCGAGCGCUGUCGGCGGCGGCGGCGAGGGCAUCGUCCGCUCCUCCCCGCGGCGGACACCUCGCGCCUGGCUGGGGCGCCACAACUAGGUGGCUCUGCAGCGGGCGGGAGGCGCUGAGCUACGACGUGGUCAUCGUGGGCGCCGGGCCCGCGGGGCUCGCCGCCGCGAUCCGGCUGAAGCAGCUCUGCCGCGCCGCUGACGCCGACCUCUCCGUCUGCGUCCUGGAGAAGGGCUCCGAAGUCGGGGCUCAUGUGCUGUCCGGGAAUGUGUUUGAGCCCCGAGCCUUGGACGAGCUCAUUCCCAACUGGAGGCAAGAGGAUUCUCCAAUCAGAGUUCCUGUCUCAUCUGACAAGUUCUGGCUGUUAACAAAGAACCAAGCAUGGACACUGCCAUCUCCAUUUGACAACAAAGGAAACUACGUGAUCAGCUUGAGCCAAUUGGUGCGAUGGAUGGGCACAAAAGCUGAAGAGUUGGGUGUUGAAGUAUAUCCAGGUUUUGCUGCUAGUGAGAUACUUUAUGAUGAAAAUCAAAUAGUUACAGGAGUCGCAACCAAUGAUGUUGGUAUUGCUAAGGAUGGUACCAAAAGGGAAACUUUCCAACCUGGCGUAGAACUAAGAGGGCGAAUAACACUCUUUGCUGAGGGUUGCCGAGGUUCAUUAUCAGAGAAAAUAAUAAGAAAUCACAAGCUCAGAGAGAGAGGGCAAGGGCAACAUCAGACAUAUGCUCUUGGAAUUAAGGAGGUUUGGGAGAUUGAAGAAGGAAAGCACAAGCCAGGUUCUGUUAUUCAUACUGUUGGAUGGCCUUUGGACACUAAAACAUAUGGAGGAUCAUUCCUAUACCACCUUGAUGAUAGACAGUUAGCGAUUGGUCUGGUUGUUGCUUUGAAUUAUCGAAAUCCUUUCCUUAGUCCCUAUGAUGAAUUCCAGAAAUUUAAGCAGCACCCUGCUGUCAGAGAACUUUUGGAAGGUGGAACAGCUAUUCAGUAUGGUGCGCGUACUCUCAAUGAAGGUGGUUUCCAGUCAAUACCAUAUCCAGUUUUCCCUGGAGGUGCAAUUAUUGGAUGCUCUGCAGGAUUUCUAAAUGUUCCCAAAAUAAAAGGAACCCAUACGGCUAUGAAAUCAGGUAUGCUUGCGGCGGAAGCAACUUUCAAGUCCCUUGUUGAAGGAUCUUCGAUGGAACUGUACUGGGAGAACCUCAAGAAGUCAUGGAUAUGGGAAGAACUUCAUAAAGCUAGGAACUAUAGACCAGCAUUUGAAUAUGGAUUUAUUCCGGGCAUGGCUUUGUCUGCACUGGAACGCUACAUAUUCAAAGGGAAGUCACCUUAUACAUUGAAGCACGGGAGACCCGAUCAUGAAGCAACAGACACGGCCAAUCUGCAUGUGCCUAUUCAAUAUCCUAAACCAGAUGGACAGAUAACAUUUGAUGUCCCAACAUCUUUAUACAGGAGCAAUACAAACCAUGAGCAUGAUCAGCCACCUCAUCUGCGCUUGAGGGAUCCUACAAUACCGGAACAAGUAAAUGUUCCACUGUAUGCGGGGCCAGAAUCACGCUAUUGCCCAGCCCGGGUUUACGAAUAUGUCUCUGACGAAAAAGGUGACCCAAAGCUUCAAAUAAAUGCACAGAAUUGUCUUCAUUGCAAGGCUUGCGACAUCAAAGAUCCAAAGCAGAACAUCGAGUGGACUGUUCCAGAAGGUGGAGGCGGCCCUGGUUACACAGUAAUGUAGAAUACUUGAAAGGAAAAAAAAAACAUGAUGCCUUCAAAAUAAUAACAGCUCAUUCACCACGGGUGGCACACUGGACCAAAUCCCCACCCAAACCUGGGUAAUUGGGUUGGAGGUUGCAUCAAGUAUCUAGCAAUAAGCAACUUCCCUAAGCAGUAGACAGGAUGUCAGGAUGUUCCUAGAGCUAUGUACCGAUCAGGAUCAAAGCGUGCUUAACAUGGAUGGCACAAGCAAUUGGUCGAGUGGGUGUCGUGGAUGUAAAAUUAUUGGAGGAUGCAAUUUGUCGAUCAAUAACAUGGGCUGUAAUACAGAUCUGGCCAAAACGAAGGGUGGUAAGAGGUGCAGUCUGCCAUUCUGGUAUA